AUGUCCGUAUCAACCUCGAUUCCGGACACCUCGCUUGGCCUCACGUCCUCCGAGAUUCAGAUCCUUCGACAGCAGCAGCAGAUUGCACUUCAGGGUGGCCACGCUAACGGGAUUUCCAGAGGCAGAGGGACUGGGAGGAACAGCAAUUCAAGUUCUCGCACUGCCAGUGCUGCUAGCAGCCAUGGCCGGCUGUUACUCGAUCCUUUGAGUCUCAGGGCCCUUUCGCAUCAAUUGGACCAUCUUCAGGAGCAGAUCCGCAACCGCAUCGAAUUCCUGGAGGAACAAAUACAACUGUCUAUCCAAAAUUCCUGCGACCAUGCAGGUAACGUAAUCGCUAGUGCAGAUGUUGAGAUCGCACGUACCCGUUCGAUUCUAGCCGCUAUUGAUGACUUGGAGACUGAGCUCGCCAAGAUCACUCACAUACGGGAUAUUGUCAAGUCUUUCCGUGCGAGAAUUGAAACCUAUGACCACCGUCUUGAUCAAAGCAUUCGUCGGCGACAUUAG